AAGAGAAAAUUUAAGAAGCAUCACAUUAGGGAAAAGAAACCUCGGGCUCACAGGAGUUUGAGGUUUGAGGAAACUGAGGCCAGUGUGUCCUACACUGGAGCUCCACAGCAGUUGUCAACAAGUUGCACUUCAGCAGAGGAGUAUGUCAAGCAAUUGACAAGGCCACAGCUGGAAAAAUCUCUUCUUACAAUAGCCGACUACGACCUAAGAAAAAUCAAGGCAACAACAGCAGUAGCAGGAUCCGGAGCUGACCCUUCAGCUCAUCAUCAACCUCAACCCCAUGCCUUUUGUGCGUGUAAGCACUGUGUGGACAUGCCCACACCGUUGGAGCAGCUAUGCUGCAAGAAGACACCACGGUUAUGUGUUACCCAGCUUGAGGAUUUCCAAACAAUCUGCUUAAACAGAUCAAUAUUAAGUGUAGCUUUGUGCUAUAGAGAAGAUCUUCUGUGCCUACCAGAAGUUAGAGCUAAUGAUGCAAUACGACAUGCAGGGUAUCGCCAGUUUGUGUACUGGAGAAUGUGACUGGGAUGGAAUAUACUGGAUUCCGUGUAGGAACAAUUUCCACUAUUCGGCAACAUACUUUCGAUUAGAAACACAACUUAUGUAACAGUAAUAGAUGCUAAGGCGUAGAAGGUCUUCCCUCUAGCAUAAAGCUACAGCCAAUAUUGCUCUGUUGAAUGUUUGAGAAAUUGGAUGAAUAAUUUAAUUAUCUAGAUAAAAUUACUGGUCAUAUCUGUCAGAGGUAGAGUUGCAUUAAAAUGGACAUCUCAUCAUGUUCGCUUAUGGACGCACACUUUUCCUGCAAUGAAUGUACAAAUGGAAAUUAAUUAUACUUAUUUCAAAGUAAAUAAUAGCACAGCAUAUUUAUAUAAACAUUGCAGCAAACAGCAAUGUUUAGCGUCAUUUAAUGAACUUUUUUUACCGUUUGCAGUAUCUGCUAAACAUAGCCGAUUAUUUUUCAUUUUGAAAUAAUUAGUUCUCAAGCUUUUCCCUUUCCCUUGAGAUAUAUUUUCCGUUUAAUACAUUGCCUUUUAUGUAAUGCUAAAAUCACUUGCAUACUGGUAUGAUUAUAUAUUAUUAUUAUAUGCAUUACAUAUAUAGUUUUUAUCAAAAUUAGAAACGCCAUGAAAACUCUUUUUUUUUGUUGAGGUAUCAAGUGAAAGAUUUUGUAAAUAUACAUGUUAUACUUACUACUAGAUAUUCUAAGACCAAAUACACAAUGCAAUUAAAAUACAAAGUGUGCAUAAGAUUUCCGUUACUUACCAUGUUAAUCACUGUCAUCAGUGGAAUCCUCUGUGUCAUGGUCAGUGUCUGCUCUGGCUGGAAAGCUUGGUAGUUGAUUCGUUACACUGG